CUAUAUAAAGUGACUGAGGGCAGUGAAGAGAGAUCAACCAAGGCAUCUCUCAGACUCACACAUCUCUACAGAGCACACAGCACAGACAUGUCUGCAGUCCCUGUCAUCAGAAUCCUGCCCAUUGGGUUCCUGGCUAACCUGCUGCUCUUCUCCCUCAUCUCGCCCUCUGUGUGCGUGGAGUUCACGGAGGAAACUGGCAAACUAGGCAAAAUCAACGUGCUUCAGAGAGCAGGGAAUCAGUGGGCAAUUGGACACUUCAUGGGUAAGAAGAGCCUGCAGGACACGUACAGAUUAAGAGAACAAGAUAUGGAAGGGGCAGCCAUCUUUCCACCACGCUCUAUGGAGAGCAUGAGAGCCACUCUACUACAAGAGCAGCGCAGAGCACUGUCACCCAGCCAGAUGCAAGGAGCACAGCGGAUACUUAAGAAGAUUCUGGAGCAGUAUUUUAACAUGUCCCGGAAGUAAAGAAGAUAUUUAUUUUCCUGUACAUAAAAUAAAUAUAUAUAUAUAUUUGUGCCUGAGAUACCAACAUUUGUUUCAGACAUUCCAAAGGUUAUUGUUUACAAAUAAAAAAGAAAAUACUAAUGAAAAUGGGAGUGUUUUCAUUCAGAAAAUGAGGUUAAUUUCUUCAUGUUAAAGUUAGACUGUCGUCCUAAGAUUAUGUAUUAAGUAUUUUUCUGCCAUUUUACACAGUGUUCUUAGAAAACCUAUGAAUAAAGGACAUUCUUUGCACAGAAAAAGUAUAAUAUUACUGUUUGUCUAUUGACAUCAUAAGUCAUAGUCUAAU